GAAACUGGCAAUUAAGAGAAAGACGUGUAUAUAUACGAAAUGAACCUCCGGGAUUCGCCGGGAUUCGUGAAAGAUAGCACAGCAAGAUGGCUGCACCAAACAGAUUGUAUUUGCUACUAGCCCUGGUAUUACUGGUGGCAGCCGUAAUGGCUAACGCACAGGGCGGCUUCGGUGGACAAGGUGGACUCGGUGGUCAAGGUGGCUCCCGCCAAUCAGGAGGCUUGGGCGGACAGGGUGGUUUCGGUGGCUCAGGAAGUCAACGAGGGGGCGGAGGUCAGGGUGGCCUCGGUGGAAGGCAAGGCGGAUUCGGUGGAGGAGGUGGAAGAGGAGGACAAGGAGGAUUUGGUGGACAAGGCGGAAGAGGACAAGGCGGAUCCGGUGGAGGAGGUGGAAGAGGUGGACAAGGCAGUUUCGGUGGAGGAGGUGGAAGAGGAGGACAAGGCAGUCACGGUGGAGGAGGUGGAAGAGGAGGGCAAGGCAGUCACGGUGGAGGAGGUGGAAGAGGAGGGCAAGGCAGUUUCGGUGGAGGAGGUGGACGAGGAGGACAAGGAGGAUUCGGUGGACAAGGUGGAAGAGGUUAAAUCGCCUAUGCUGGAAGGGACUUUACGAUGACGAACAAGAAGAAAACUAUGUACAUAAUGUGAAAUAGAACGAAUUUCAUAUGCA